AUAAGAAUUUUGGAUUUCUCAACAUUACAAAAAAUGGCGGCAUCCAUCGACGAUGAAAUGGAUUCUCUCCUCACUACCUUUGAUCAGAUUUGCGAGGAUGCUAAGAGCAGCAUUGCGGAGAUACAGUUGCUGCAAUCUAACUGGAGUGCGGAACUCAAGAAGCGAGAAUCUGUUGAAAUCACUUGCAACAGUCUGAGAAGAGAAAAUGAGCAGCUAGCAAAUCUGUACACAGAGUCUUUAAAAGACUCGGCUGAUCAGCUUGACUUCCGUGCCAAAUGCCUGAACUUGAAAGAGGAACUGGAAAGGGCAAGUAAUGCCCUAGUCUACAAAGAAGAUGAACAUAGGAAUGCUAUGGAAUUGCUUAAGCAAGACUACGAAGAAAAGAUUGGAAAUUUAGAAGCUGAAGUUAAGGCAUCUCUCCAUGAGAAAGCAACAUAUGAAGCAACUAUUAGCCAACUCCGCCAGGACCUAGCAGCACACAAAAAUAGUAUACAACUUUUAUCGAGCAGGUUGGAUGAACUUCAUCAUGAAGUGGAAUCAAAAUAUAUUGUUGAGAUUCAAGAUUUGAAAGAAUGCCUUUUGAUUGAGCAGGAAGAGAAAAACGAGUUGAACAAAAAGGUCCAACAAGUGGAAAAGGAAUUGCUGAUUUGUAAAACAAAGAUGGUUGACCAGCAGCAGGAUAUGACCUCAAAUUGGCAUGUGGAAACUCUUAAACAGAAGAUCAUGAAGCUGAGGAAGGAGAACGAGGUCCUUAGAAGGAAGGUCUCUCACUCUGGAGAGGGCUAAGACAAUGGCAUUGAAAUGAAAUAUAAUGACUUAAGCCACAUCACUGGGAAAAUUUAAAUGAGUUCCACAACUUCAAUUUUGUUUAUUUAGAGAGGUAGACACUAACUAUCUAAGAUUACAAGCAACAUUGGGCCCACUACCUAUCACUUACAGGAGAGUUUUUAUGUCACUAAACCACAAAGUCAUUAGCACAACUUCAAUUUCAUGCUGUGAAUGAUGUAUCUUUUUAGCCCACUUUUAAUAUGCCAACUGUAUAAGAAAUUAGUCUGGCAAUUUACACUUUCCAGGCUAUGUAAGCAAGUA